UUGCUUCAACUUCAGAGUAAACAAAGGAACAUGUGUAACCUGACUCUCUGUGUUUUACUCUUCCUGGCGUGUUCCUGCUCGCCCUUAUCUUCGUGUCCUGCCCAGUGUUUGUGUGAAACCACGGUGGUGAACUGUGUUAGCCAAGACUUGAGCUCCAUCCCACAGCCCCUUCCAGAAAACACCACCGCACUGAACACCAAUGGAAACGAUAUAAGGAAUCUGAACAAUGAGUCUUUCCCCAGGCCGCUGGAACAUUUAACACACCUUUAUGUGUCUGGAAGCCAACUGGAGGAAUUGGACUCCAUGGUGUUUAAAAACUUGCCAAGUCUGCGUUUACUUGACCUCAGCAACAACAGGAUUUCACAGUUCAGCGUUGAGGCUUUAGCUCAAGACAACAAGAUCGAGGUUCUAAACCUCAGCAAAUCCUUAUACAAUCACUCCUACAUCGGCGUGUUUGCAGAUCUAUUCAAACACAGCCUGCCUAAGGUUUCCCAUCUUGAUUUGUCCAAUAAUGACCUGGUGCUCCUUCCAGAA